AUGAGGCAACCAUCAUCGCUAUGGUGGGCCUUGGCAUUUUUCAUGCUCGCAGCAGUCGCAGCGGCGACUGAAAUGCCCGACUGUGCAAAAGAGUGCCUCGUCGAAUACCUGCCGACAUCAGCCUGCCAUGUGGCAACCAACGUUACCUGUAUCUGCAGUAACGUCGAGCUCACCGAGCAAAUGACAGCAUGCGUUGCGACAAAUUGUUCGGUGCGAGAUGCAUUGCUGACCGAGAGGUUCGACAGCGAAACAUGCGAUUGGCCAGUCACCAACGACUCGCUCGGCUUGAAAAUCAUCACACCGCUGUUUGGUGUGCUCGCUGUCGUUGUCUUCUGCCUGCGUGUAUGGGCAAGGUGGCUGACAGGCCUGAUGGUCACCUGGGGUGCAGACGACUGGGUCAUGUUGGCCACUGUGGUGUUUUCGAUCCCGCUCACAGUCGUAUCGUACCUAUUCGCUGCCAAGGGUCUUGGCAAGGACCUAUACAUGGUGCCCUUUGACGACAUUACCUUUGUGCUCGAAAUGUACUACUACUCGGAGAUUCUCUACCUCGUCGUCAUCUUUCUCACCAAGAUCUCCAUCUUGUGUUUCUAUUUGCGCGUUUUCCCGAAAAAGUCCCUGCGGAUGCGCGUCUACGUGGUCAUCGGUCUCACUGGAGCCUGUGCGCUCGCCUUUAUCCCCAUCACCGUCUUCCAGUGCACGCCCAUCCCGGGAGCAUGGCUACGGUGGGACGGCACCUACGAGGCCGAGUGCCGCGAUGUCAUGGUUCAGGCACUGUGGGGUGCCAUUGCCUCCAUCGUCCUCGAUCUUGCCACCAUUCUGCUGCCCAUGACGGAGCUCUGGUCACUCAACCUCUCCAUCCGACGCAAGCUUGGCGUCAUGCUCAUGUUCGCCGUCGGUCUGUUCGUCGUCAUUGUUCAAAUUCUCCGCAUCGUCUUCCUGCUCAAGUUCAGCGCCACGUCAAACUUUACCCGCGACUACACGGCCACGAGCGUGUGGUCCAACGUCGAGGUCUACGUCGGCAUCAUUUGCGCGUGCUUCCCCUACAUCCGCACCCUGCUGGCGCACUUUGCUCCCCGCGUCUUUGCCACCACCAAGGAUGGCAAGUCGACCAACAUGUCGGGCGCCUACGCCAACACGGGCUCCAAGGGCGGCCGCAGCCAGUUCUCCCACCGCCCCGUCCACGGCGACGAGACCGACUUUGUCGAGCUGCGGACCUCGCCUGCCGCCCAAGACGGCUUCAAUAGCACCACCGACCUCACGCAUGGCGCGCAUAGCAAUAAUAGGGAAAGCCGGGGCACCGAGAAGGAUGAGUUCUAUACGCAUAAUGUGCAUGGAGUUGUUUAA